GGCUGCGGCUGGCUGCAGCGUGCGCGCAUGCGUCCUUUCGCUAAAGUGGGAGAGACGCUGCCGGUGACUUGGACGGUUGAAUUUCUCUGCUUUCCCGUGCCUUCCCAGUCCAGGCCAUCUGUCCACCUGAUCGCCAAGCAGACUCCCAAAGAUGUCAACUCAAGGCCAUACCUGGGCCCGACAGGUGAAGAAGGAAGGUGAGGAAGAGGACCCGCUGGACCAGCUGAUCUCCCGUUCUGGCUGUGCUGCUUCCCAUUAUGCAGUACAGGAGUGCAUGGCCCAACACCAGGACUGGCGACAGUGUCAGCCACAGGUACAGGCCUUCAGGGACUGCAUGAGUGAACAGCAGGCAAGGCGGCGGGAAGAGUUGCAGAGGAGGAAAGAGCAAGGCAGUGCCCACCACUGAGACCCCAAACCACCUAUCCCCAGAGAAUGGUCCUGCAGAAACUAGCACCCAGAGAGAUCAUGGGAAGAAGUCCUGAACAGCGAAAGUGUGGCCAAGAGAUAUAAAACUUGGGAUUAUCUUUGUCUAAGACUGACGUUGAGAGCCAGGCAGCCAUGGAUUUGGACAUGACUGCUGUAAAGAGCUGUGAUAUUUUCAUGGUGAGAUGACACACAUCCUUACCCAUUAUGUUCCACCAAUAUUAAAUAUUGACUGUCAUUUGCCAAAUAAAACAAAGCGUGGAGUUAAGGAUGUUCUUCUGUCCUACAUCUUGGGUCAGUGUGCCAAGUACUGAACUGAUUACAUGGAUGUUUAAUUUUAAAAAUAAAUUCACAAUCUAAAUGUAAAUUGGUUACCUAA